UCUGGGGGUGCGUUCAGUUAGCAUGACCGCUUGCUACGUUGCGGAACAGUGUGUAUUGAACGCACGUUUUCCCAAAACGUUAUUUUACGUUCUUGAACAGAUAUUGAGAUACGUGCGCGCUCCUGGUGUACAGCCCCCUUUCGGUUCAAUUGAAACGUUCUAUUACGUUUUUAUGUACUGAAUGCAGCCCGAGUUUCACAUGUCAUCAGCUGUCAAGACACUGAAGCUACCUACACGCGUGUGUAGCUAACACUACGAACAAAACUUCGGAUAAUUGAAGAGAUGGCGCUGAUUGGAGUGCAGCUGGUGGUCAGCUUGCUGGCUGCUAGCAUCAUGCAGAGAAUGGCUCCACACUGUUCAUUUGCCCGCUGGCUCUUGUGCAAUGGCAGUCUUUUCCGGUUCAAACACCCCUCUGAGGGAGAGCUGUGUGCCCUAGCUGGAAAACAGAUGCCCAGCAAGCCCAGCAAGAGAGACAGGAGACAGAAUGGGGACAGCAAGCCUCUCACAGUUCCCAAGGACAUCGACCUUCACUUAGAAAAAGCUCCAGUCGGUGUCCUUGAUGCCCUUGUACUGCGAUUCUUCCUGGAGUACCAGUGGUUGAUUGACUUUGCAGUGUACGCCAUGGGCAUCUACCUUUUCACUGAGGGCUACUUUUGUGUAGUUGACCCCGCCAAGGAGGUCCACAUUGGGGCCAUCUGGUGUGUGCUGACCGUUCUCUGCUGCCUGAAAACCCUCCACUCCCUGAUGGGCCACUACUUCAGGUCUGACGAGGGAGGCGAGCGCUCAGUGUGCCUGGCCUUUGGCUUCCUGUCUCUGCUGGUGGCCAUGCUGGUGCUGGUGGUCAGAGAGGACUACCUGGAGUUUGGCCUGGAGCCUGGUUUUAACAGUCUUUUUGACAACCUUGAGGUUUUCGCAAAACAUCAAGGCUUUGCUGAGUGGUCAGUCCCUGUGACCAAGCUGACUGUGAAGUUGGGUCUGGCUGCCAUUUGUGCUUUUAUUGGUGCUUUGCUGGCCUUCCCUGGCCUCCGUCUAGCCCAGACCCACCUGGACGCAGUUCAGAUGAACUCAGACCGCCCAUUCAUCCAAAUGUUGUUGCACAUGAGCUUCCUGGCCCCAGUGGUGGUGAUCGUGUUGUGGAUCAAACCCAUUGCUAGGGAUUUCCUGGGGAACGCUCCAAUGGGGAAGACCUCAAUCACCCUUAUGUCAAGCGCGGUGUUUGACAGUGUUCGUCUGUGGACAGUGGUGGUUCUGUGCUGCCUGAGGCUGGCCCUCACCCGCUACCACAUGCAAGCCUACCUCAACCUUUCCCAGAAGUGGGUGGACCAGAUGAAGAAGGAGGCGGGGCGCAUUGCCGCCAUCGACAUCCAGAGGAAGGUGACCCGUGUGUUCUGCUACCUGACCAUAGUCACCCUGCAGUACAUGGUCCCUGUUCUACUCAUCCUCUUCUCUACCCUGGCUCUGAAGGCCCUUGGUGACUUCUCGUGGAGUGGCGCAGAGCAGGCUCCGGGGGUGACCCCUGCCCUGGUAAUGCCAACGGUCUCUCCCGUCCUGCCAGGGCUGGAGGAGGACGAGGAGGGGGUGGAGGACAUGGAGGAGGACAUCCAGGCCACGGUGGCCCGUCUAACCGAGGGCUUCUCGGCCCUGCGCUCCGUCCUCACCCCCCUCUUCUUCAGAGGCCUCUUUGCCUUCCUCACCUGGUGGGUGGCCGCCUGCCAAGUCAUCAGCAGCCUGUUUGGCAUUUACUUCCACCAGUACCUCAUGCAGAACUGAAGAGGACUACACUACGCUUAUCUCUAGCCAACACCAUCCCAGUGUUCCAGGCAGGUCAAAAUCCAUACAACAUAUGGACAGGAUGUGUGCUCCUGUCUGUUACUGUAACAAAGGUGUCACCGAUAUCAAAAGGGAUGUGAUGGUUUCUGACAUGCUGACACCUUACUACUACUACCUUGUUGUCCUGUGGGCUCAGUCAGACCCUUAGACCUUGACCAGGACUAUGAUGAAAUGAUGUAUAAUGUGGACUGGAUUCUGUCCUACUGCUAUGUAUCACAUUUCUCUGUUUUAACAAAUGCAUUUGAAGCCAGUGUUACUUUUUUAAAUUUUAUUUUAUCACACAGUAUCAGGAAAUGUUGCAAAUGAGCUGUUUCUAGUAGGAAAAGGUACCACUACUUCCAGCCUAGUUUGCUAGUAGAGGCUGAUUUCAGAAGUGCUUGAUGCUUUAUUUAUUUUCGUCCUUUAGUUCUGCUGUACCGUACUGAUUGUAAUGAACCCGUGGAGUUCAGUCUAUUCAGCAGUCAUCACCACUCGACCGUCCAUUCUCCUUAAUCAUUAAUCAUACAAUUGGCUCAUUCAUCCCCCUCCUCUCCCCUGUAACUAUUCCCCAGGUCGUUGCUGCAAAUGAGAACGUGUUCUCAGUCAACUUACCUGGUAAAAUAACGGUAAAAUAAAAAAAUUAAAAAGGUGGGUAACUAAUUUUUUUAACAAAGCACUGAGGAUAUUUUACUGUGUUUAAUGGAGAUAUUCAGUGGAGAAUUCUAAGUGCCUGGAAACUCAGGGAUUUUGAGUCAAUGAUAAGAUAUACAUUUUCUUUUGCAAAAUAGUAGACUGGUGAUAACAGCUGUCUAUCUGUAGCAUUCAAUAACACUCCAGCCUGGAUUUGGCAAAUCUUCCCUGUAUUAGCAACCAUCUUUCAGUCCCAACAAAGUUUGUCAUUUGAAUUUGUUUGAACAAAGUAUUUCCUGUGUUUGUUUUGCUGCCAAACAAUCAUUUACACUUAAAGCGUCAAUCAGCAGUUGAAACAAUAACAAAGCGCCUUCCCCACCUUGUUUCGGUAAAAGCUGAGGGAUGGGGAUGGGGAGGGAGAAAUGUAACCACUCUCAAAUGUAUAGACAGAGCUAUGGAUGCAAGGACUGACCAUCCAUGGUAUCAAAAUUAUAGUUUUAACCGUGUUUUGAGGCUAUAUAGUUUUUCUAUACACUUUGUUUACAAACAUUGGAGUCAAACAAGCUUAUUUUGGUUUUGAUGGGGUAGGACAGUUGAACGGAGCUCAUGAGGCGUUAAUAAGUUAUAUUCUUCAAGAAUCAAUGAGUACAAUUUAUAAGUAAAACAUUUCAUGUAGCAACUGCAGAUUGCCCCUUUUUCGGAUGUAGGCUUAGAACAAAUCUUCCCUAAAACUUAAACCUAGGCCUGAAAUGUGUUGCUGAUUUGUAGUGUCAAUGGUUUGUUUUUAAAUGUACUUAUUUAUACUCUAUUGCCACUGAUCAUUUUGGAAAGGUACAGGUGUCGUGCUGUUGGACUUUUGGGUCGUUUUGUUUUUGGAAAGUGUGAUUUCUGUGUUUAAAAACAAAAACAAAAAAAACAUUCUGAAUGAUUGAAUGUUCGCUAAUCAUUUUACGUUGUGUGGUUUGUAUGAAAAUGUUUUUUUCAACAAGACUUAUGAAUGCAUGGUUUGAACUUUUAGUUGUAUACAAAAUGUUUUAUUCUGUUGUCUGUGUGGCAAAUGUUACUGGCAUAUGAAAUUAUUAAACUCUUGUUUUAAA